AUGUUUCUUAAUCAAACUACUUACGCAAGUGGUGCUUACCCAUGGUCAGUAGCAGUCGCCGAUGUGAAUAGCGACAAUAAACCCGAUAUUGUUGUUGCAAACUAUGGCGAUAGCACCGUCAGCGUUCUUCUCAACGCAGGCAAUGGCACUUUUAAGGUUCAAACUACUUACGCAGUUGUUAGUUACCCUCAAGGAGUAGCAGUCGUCGAUGUGAAUAGUGAUAAUAAACCCGAUAUUAUUGCUGCAAAUGAGGGUGCGAAUUCCGUCAGUGUUCUUCUCAACAGAGGCAAUGGCACCUUUAAUGCACAAAAUGCUUACGCAACUGAUGGUAGACCAUAUUCAGUAGUAGUCGUCGAUGUGAAUAGCGACAAUAAACCCGAUAUUAUUGUUGCAAACGUUGGUUCGAACAACGCCGAUGUUCUUCUGAACGUUGGCAACGGCACCUUUAAUGCUCAAACUGCUUACCCAGUUGGUACUAGUCCAAUAUCAGUAGCAGUCGUCGAUGUGAAUAGUGACAAUAAACCAGAUAUCAUUGUUGCAAACUCUGGUCUGAAUAACGUCGGCGUUCUUCUCAAUGCAGGCAACGGUACCUUUAAUAAUCAAAUUACUUACGCAGUUGGAACUAACCCAUAUUCAGUAGCAGUCGUCGAUGUGAAUAGCGACAAUAAACCUGAUAUUAUUGUUGCAAACUAUGUCGAUAACACCGUCAGUGUUCUUUUCAACGCAGGCAACGGCACCUUUAAUGCUCAAAAUGCUUACCCAGUUGGUAUUAAUCCAAGUUCAGUAGUAGUCGUCGAUGUGAAUAGCGACAAUAAUCGCGAUAUUGUUGUUGCAAACUAUGGUUCGGCCACCGUCGGUGUUCUUCUUAACACAGGCAGUGGUACUUUUAAUGCUCAAACUAUUUACGCAGUUGGUGAUGCUCCCAGAUCAGUAGCAGUCAUCGAUGUGAAUAGUGACAACAAACCUGAUAUUAUUGUUGCAAAUGAGAAUUCGAAUAACGUCGGCGUUCUCUUGCAUUGUUAA